UGCUACUAGUCGAAUCGAGUCAUCGUUCUGUAAGUUCAGAGGCAUGCCUCGAUGACGUAGUAGUUCCACUUAUCGAUAGCGUGGACCCUGCCCCACUAAAACUUUUCUGCCCCUCUUGUAGCCUUUACUGCGAGCAGACGGAGAACCACUCACAAAGCGCACCACAAAUAUGGACGAUCCCGCGUUCGACGUCGAGACAGAUCUCUCUACUCAGAGCAUUCUACUCGCAGCGGCAAACCACGAUAUCCCCGCGUUGCGCAACCUCCUCCGCAACACCUCCGCGAACGUCCAAGACUCCGAGACAGGCUUUACACCCCUCCACGCCGCAAUUGCUGCUUGUGAGCCUGACGAGGAUGAGUCUACUACAAAAUCCAAUGGGGAGAGUGGAGAUGUCAAAGAAGCAGAGAACAACGAGAUAGAAGCUGCGACCAAGACUGUCAAGCUUCUCUUCGAAAACGGCGCGAUAUGGAACGAUCUGGAUGCGAACGGCGAGACAGCAGGAUGCAUUGCGCAAAGACUCGGCUUGGAAGAGCUGUACGAGCUUUGUGUAGAUGCUGGCGUGCGCGCUGAGCUGCUGCUGAGUCGCUUGGACCAGUAUCAGCUGCUUCUUGGUGGAGACUCGGAUGAAGAGGACGAAGAGGACGAAGACGAGGCAGAAGUCGAAACUGAAGCGACAAACAAGGAUGUGGAAAUUCUGGAUGCAGAGGGUGCGGAGACCCCGGAUGUCAGUCAGGAGGCUGCACCAGGCGACGAGUCGACUGAAAAUCCCAACUAUCUGGCUUCGAAUUUGACCUUCGACCGGGACAGGUUGACCGACGAGGCGGGUAAUGGUGUGAUGAUGGAGUGGGAGACAACACUUAUGCAACGAUCUGCUGAGUUGCUUGCCCCUGCACCAGGUCUGCGUGUUCUCAAUGUGGGGCACGGGAUGGGCAUCAUCGAUGGCAUUCUCCAGGAAAAGCAACCAAAGUCACACCAUAUCAUCGAAGCGCAUCCAGAUGUCUUGAAGCGCAUGAAAGAGCAGGGGUGGGACAAAAAGCCUGGCGUCGUCAUCCACGAGGGCCGCUGGCAAGAUAUCGUGCCAGGGCUCGUUGAGAAGGGCGAUCUCUUCGAUGGCAUUUAUUUCGACACAUUUGCUGAAGAGUACCAAGCGCUGCGCGAAUUCUUCACAGAACAUGUCAUCGGCUUGCUGGACCCCUCAGGUGGUGUAGACGGCGAAGGUGGCAAAUUUGGCUUCUUCAACGGCAUGGGUGCAGACAGACAGAUCGUCUACGAUGUGUACGGCAAGAUCGUUGAGAUGGAUCUCUUCGAAGCAGGUUUCGACACCGAGUGGGAGACAAUACAGGUACCUGAUCUUGAUGAGCAGGGCGAGUGGGAAGGGUUGCGGAGGAAGUACUGGGUGCUGAAGGAGUAUAGAUUACCCACAUGCAGCUUCAUAGGCUGAGAGAACAAAAGAGCUUCGU